GGUUGGAAAAGAAAAGAAGAGAAACCAUAGAAAAAGUAGUCCGUGGGAAUAUUUAGUUGGUAAAGUGUGGGGGGUAUAAUAAGUGGAGUGGGUUUGAGCCAGAAAGAGGAGGAGGAGAGAGAAGCCGUCGACUCCCCAAAGCAAACAUUUCAUUUUCUUGUGUGAAUUAAUCCCAUGAAAGAAACGGAAGCGAGCGAUUGAGAGGCCAUUGCCACUAUAAUUCAUUAUAAGCAGGCAACUGGGUUAAUUGAAGGAAGGAAGCAAGCAAGGAAGGAGGGGGAUCUGAUAUCGAUCCAUCCGAGACGCGCACUGUUAAGAAUUGGAGAAGAUGGGAGGAGGAGGAGGAGGACUGCGAAAAGCGGCCAAGAAGAUGGUGGUGGCAGCUGCCAAUGCAUGUGGUGGUUCCUUCUCUUCCAGGAGGAAGCCUCUUGUGGACCCCAUCGUCUUCUUCGAUCAUACCACGGCCACUGCCUCUAUCUCAGGUUCUUCGGCUGUGUCUCCCACCAACUCCACAGCAGCAGAAGAAGAAGAAGAAGAAGAAGAAGAAUGCAUUGCAAAGGAGACGGAAUCUGCAAUCACCAAUUCUAACAAUGUACCUUCUUCUUCUUCUUCUAAUAAGAACUUGUGCGCAAUAUGUCUAGACCCUCUGAGUUACCAUAGCAAGGGACGGAUCUCAGGGCAGGCUAUAUUCACGGCCCAGUGCUCCCAUGCAUUCCACUUUGCCUGCAUCUCUUCCAAUGUCCGCCAUGGUAGUGUCACCUGCCCCAUCUGCCGUGCCCAUUGGACUCAGCUGCCCCGCAAUCUGAACCCACCUGGUGGUUCCCUUUCCUCUUGCAACCCAACUGAUCCCAUCCUCCAAAUCCUUGAUGACUCUAUAGCCACUUUCCGCAUCCACAGGCGCUCUUUCCUGCGCUCUGCUCGCUAUGAUGAUGACGACCCAAUUGAGCCUCCUGAUCACAUGCCUAAUUUCCCCCGUCUCCAAUUCUCUCUAGCACCCUUACCACCUAGUACUCCACCCCAUAGCUUUCAACCGUCCUGGUGCACCACACACCCAUAUCAUCCACCCCCACAUCACCUGAGCUAUAGCUCCACAUCAUUGUUACAAUCGCCAACCAGGCCAAAGCCCUAUGCUACUAUGUAUGCCUCUUCGGACAGAGCUUAUCUUUCGGUGAAAUUGGCAGAGCAGCGAGCAACUGAUUUUGUCUUGGUUGCUAGUCCCAACGGACCACACUUGAGGCUUCUCAAGCAGUGCAUGGCAUUGGUGGUUUUCUCCCUUAGACCUAUUGAUCGUUUGGCCAUUGUUACAUACUCAUCAGCUGCUGCUCGUGUCUUCCCUCUAAGACGCAUGACAUCUUAUGGGAAGCGAACAGCCCAGCAGGUUAUUGACCGCCUGUUCUACAUGGGGCAAGCAGAUCCAGUGGAAGGGCUCAAGAAAGGGAUCAAGAUACUUCAAGAUCGUGUAUACAAGAAUCAAAAUUCGGGCAUCCUGCAUCUUUCUGACACCCCAACUCGAUCCUACCAUGCUGCUCUCAAUAUGGACGUGCCCAUUCCAGUGCAUCGUUUUCAUGUAGGAUUUGGAUUUGGCACUUCAAAUGGUUUUAUCAUGCAUGAAUUUGAAGAGUUCCUCAGAGGACUCAUAGGUGGUGUUGUUAGAGAAAUCCAGUUAAGGAUCAGCACAACGGAGGAAGCCAGCAGUAGGAUUGUAAGAAUAGGAGAGCUAAGAAACGGAGAAGAAAGGAAAAUCUUAGUGGACUUGAGUGUUUGUCGACAUAUUUGUGUGGGAUACAGCUACAUAGAGGAUGGUGAGAUUGACGAACCUAUCACAACAGGGGAAACUAUGGUGAGCAUAGGAGACGGUAAAAGUAAUAUUAGUGCUGCUGAAGCAGCUUCUGCUGGGUCAGGGACGAGCGGUCCAAUUAUUGGUGGGAGGCCUAGUAGUGCAGACAGUUGGGACUACCAUGAUCCUUACAUGGCUAGAAGAUGGGCCAAACAUUUGCAUGGCUACAGGCUUUGAAUCAAAUCCAUUCCAACAAACAAAACACGUUCACAUGAGUAGAUAUACACAAAUCAAUCAUCAGCCUGCAUACUUUAGGUAGUCUAGGACCAUUGACUUUGUGAGAUUUAUGCUCCAACAUUUAUCAAUGAAGAGAGAAUGUUCACAACA